GGAAAACAGUCUCCCUUCCUGUGGGGCUGUUGACGUGACAACUGGGAGGGCCUGCCUCUAAGUGGCCACACCCUGUGCAUCUGUUCUGAGGGCACCAUGGUCUCCAUCUGCACAGCCAGACCAGAGUGAGGAGACAACAUGAUCCCCACCCUCGUGGCUCUGCUCUGCCUUGGGCUGAGCGUGGGCCUGAGGAUCCGAGUGCAGGCAGGGACCCUCCUCAAACCCACUGUCUGGGCUGAGCCAGGCCCUGUGAUCCCCUGGGGGAGUCCUGUGACCAUCUGGUGUCAGGGGACUUUAGGGGCUGAGGAGUAUCGUCUGGAUAAAGAGGGAAGCUCAGAGCCCUGGUUCAAACAGAAGACACUGGAGCCCGGGGACAAGAUCAAGUUCUCCAUUGCAAGUAUGACAGAAUACAAUGCAGGGAGAUAUCGCUGUUACUAUCGCAGCCCCUCUGGCUGGUCAGAGCGCAGUGACCCCCUGGAGCUGGUGGUGACAGGAUUCUACAGCAAACCCAGCCUCUCAGCCCUUCCCAGCCCUGUCGUGACCUCAGGAGGGAACGUGACCCUCCAGUGUGGCUCAGGGGAGGGAUUUGGCAGGUUCAUCCUGACUAAAGAAGGAGAACACAGGCUCUCCUGGACCCUGGACUCACAACAAAACACCACAGGACAGUACCAGGCCCUGUUCCCUGUGGGCCCCGUGACCCCCAGCCACAGGUGGACGUUCAGAUGCUACGGCUAUUACAGGAACAUCCCCGAGGUGUGGUCACAGCCCAGUGACCCCCUGGAGCUCCUGGUCUCAGAAUCCCCAAGAAAACUCAGCACCCCACUGCCAGGCCGUAUCUCCACAACUGGUCUUCAAAAGUACCAGAAAGUCCUGAUCGGGGUCUCUGUGACCUUCAUGCUGCUGCUCUCCCUCCUCCUCUUCUUCCUCUUUCUCCUCAAGCACCACAACAAAUCCCGCAAGUCAGGUGAGUGGAAGAUGGGGAGACCUGGGCUACCUGAGAGGGGUGACCUUCCUCUAAAGACAUAUGAAGUGGCUUUCUAGGUACCAAAAUAUGGCAC